UAGAUUCUCAUUGAAAAGGGUCGUGUGAGAAUUGAGAGAAAUGACUCUUUUCAGGUCGCGAUCAUCGUAUUCAGUACAGUGGUAGUGGUCAAGGCUCUGGCGGUUUUGGUGGUCAGCGCAAUUACCAAAACAGUGGCAGCGGUGGUGGAUUCAGUAGCUCAACUCAGCGUCAGAGUAAUCGUGCUCCUCCCCAAGAAGAUUGGUUCGGCAACUAACCAGAAGCUCUUUCGUCUGUCUCCACCACCAGCAGUGUGGCUAGUGAGGCGCGACGUUGGCGCUUUGUCGACUUUCAACGAUCUUUGCGAAUGGCUCUCUGUCUCCGCUGUUAUUCCUCUUCUCAUCUCAUGGUGUGCUAUGGAUUCGGCUGGCCUCCACUAAUUUGAAAUAAAGCAUAUGCAAAUCUCAUCUUAUCAAACGUUCGUUAAUGAGAAAGAAAAACUAGAGCUUGAAAAGCGCAGCGCCUCCAUUGCUUUAUUUGUUGGUAACAAGGACUUAGAGGAUGCAUCUUCACGUCUACGUAUACUUCCUGGACUCGACACACUGGAUAAGUAA